AUGAACUCAUUCUCUGCGUUCGCUGAAAUGUUUGGCUCUGAGUACGAGUCUCCGGAUACCAUAGGCGCCGAUUAUUGUCCGACGCUGGCGACGAGCUGUCCGAAGAAGCCGGCCGGUCGGAAGAAGUUUCGGGAGACACGUCACCCAAUUUACAGAGGAGUUCGUCGAAGAAACUCCGGUAAGUGGGUGUGUGAGGUGAGAGAGCCAAACAAGAAAUCGAGGAUUUGGCUCGGAACUUUCCCAACAGCCGAAAUGGCAGCUCGUGCUCACGACGUCGCCGCCAUAGCUCUCCGUGGCAGAUCCGCCUGUCUCAACUUCGCUGACUCUGCUUGGCGGCUCCGAAUCCCGGAGUCGACCUGCGCCAAGGAUAUCCAGAAGGCGGCUGCUGAAGCGGCGGUGGCUUUUCAGGCUGAGAUGAGUGAUACGACGACGGAUCAUGGCCUGGACAUGGAGGAGACGAUAGUGGAGGCUAUUGUAAACGAAGAACAGAGCGGAGGGUUUUAUAUGGACGAGGAAGCGAUGUUUGGGAUGCCGAGGUUGUUGGCUAAUAUGGCGGAAGGGAUGCUUUUGCCACCGCCGUCCGUACAAUGGGGACAGAACUAUGACUGCGACGGAGAUGCUGACGUAUCCCUUUGGAGUUAUUAA